AGGAGGACAGGAGGAGAGGAGGAGGAGGAGGAGGAGAGGCGGAGGAGGAGGAGGAGGAGGAGGAGAGGCCACCUCGCCGUCCGUUGCGCACCGUCUCCGGGCGAUGCCAGUGUAAAUGCCAGGGCAAUGUCCCGUCGCAAGCAGGGAAACCCUCAGCAUCUGUCGCAGAGAGAGAGCAGGACGCCGGACGCUGAGCAUGUGGAUGCGGGAAUGCCCGUGGCCGAGCUGCCCCCACAUCCCCACACGCUGCUGGAGCCCAGCAUGGCCGGCACGCUGCCCCCCGGCCUGGGGGACCACGACUUGCUGACCUGCGGCCAGUGCCAGGAGACUUUCCCCCUAGGGGACAUCCUGCUCUUCAUCGAGCACAAGAAGAAGCAGUGCCACGGCCUGACAAGCAGCCACGGCUGCUACGACAAAACGGUGGACCGCAGCAGCCCCUCUCCGCCGCGGGCCGAGCUGAGGAAGGUGGUGGAACCGGUCGAAAUCGGAAUCCAGGUGACACCCGAGGAGGAAGAUGAGAGACUGUUGACGCCCCCGAAAGGAAUUUGCCCCAAGCAAGAGAGCGGCCUGCCAGGUAGAGACGAACCUUCGAGCUACAUAUGCACGACAUGCAAGCAGCCGUUUGCCAGCGCGUGGUUCCUCCUGCAGCACGCCCAGAACACACACGGGAUCCGCAUCUAUUUGGAGCCCAAUCCGUCUAACACUUCGCUCACCCCGCGGAUCGCCAUCCCUCCUCCAGUUGGUGCUGAAUCCAUACCCCAAUCUCCUCUCACCAAUUUCCUCGGGGACAAUAACCCCUUCCACCUGCUUCGGAUGACCGGGCCUUUGCUCCGGGACCCCCCUCCAGGCUUUGUGGAAAAUCGUCUCCCCAAUACGCCCCCCUUUGUCAGCCCGCCGCCCCGACACCAUUUAGACCCCCAUCGCCUGGAACGCCUUAGUGCAGAGGAAAUGGGUUUGAUUUCCCAGCAUCCCAGUGCCUUUGAGAGAGUGAUGCGCCUGACACCCAUGGCCAUGGAGACCCAGUCCAUGGAUUUCUCCCGCCGCUUGCGAGAACUGGCGGGAAACACCAAUUCCACCCCUCCGCUCUCUCCAAGCCGCGCCAACCCUAUGCACCGCCUGCUCAACCCCAACCCCUUCCAGCCCAACCGCAAGUCUCCCUUCCUCAGCACUCCUCCUCUACCACCUAUGCCCCCAAACAGCACCACUCCACCUCAGACGCAAGACAAGAGCAAGUCCUGUGAGUUCUGUGGCAAAACAUUCAAGUUCCAGAGCAACCUGAUCGUGCACCGACGGAGCCACACUGGAGAGAAGCCUUACAAGUGCCAGCUGUGUGACCAUGCCUGCUCGCAGGCCAGCAAGCUCAAGCGCCACAUGAAGACACACAUGCACAAGUCGGGAUCCAUCACGGGUCGCUCGGAUGACGGUCUUUCGGCCACCAGCUCGCCAGAGCCAGGUACCAGCGAUAUCACCGGGGAGACAAUGAAGGGCCGGGAUGGGGACUUCCGGGGCGAGGGACUGGGUCCUGACAAUGAGGAGGAAGAGGAAGAGGAAGAAGAGGAGCUGGAGAAUGAGAGCAGGCCCGAAUCCAAUUUCAGCAUGGACUCGGAGCUGAGCCGCAACCGAGAGAAUGGUUCCAAACCCCCUGUGGAUGAAAAGGGACUGUCUCUGAGCAAGAUGGUAGAAAACGUGGGGUUGAACUCCAUCCAGCAGUACAAUAAUUUGAUCGUCGACAAUCAGAAGAGGCUUCCCUUCUCUAAGAGGGGUUCUGAUGGACAGAGGGACACUGGAGACGAGGAUUCGGUGGUCGGGGAGAUGGACCAGGUGGAGCGGGCCACCGUCAACGGCAGGAACUGUGGCUCGGGCGACUCUUUCUCAGGCCUGUUCCCCCGCAAGCCCACGCCCAUCACCAGCCCCAGCCUGUCCCACUCCAACAAGAGGAUCAAAAUCGAGAAGGACUUGGACAUGCCCCCAGCGCCACUGAUCCCUUCCGAAAACGUCUACUCUCAGUGGCUUGUGGGCUAUGCGGCCUCACGGCACUUCAUCAAAGACCCCUUCCUAGGCUUCACCGACUCCAGACAAUCUCCUUUCGCCACGUCAUCCGAGCAUUCCUCAGAGAACGGCAGCCUGCGGUUCUCCACACCGCCCGGGGACCUGUUGGACGGGGGACUCUCCGGCCGCAGCGGCACGGCCAGCGGGGGCAGCACCCCUCAUUUAGGCGGGGGCCCAGGGCAGGGCCGGCCCAGCUCCAAAGAGAGCCGGCGUAGCGACACCUGCGAAUACUGCGGCAAGGUGUUCAAAAACUGCAGCAACCUGACGGUCCACCGGCGCAGCCACACGGGCGAGAGGCCCUACAAGUGUGAGCUGUGCAACUACGCCUGCGCCCAGAGCAGCAAGCUCACGCGCCACAUGAAGACGCACGGGCAGCUCGGUAAGGAAGUGUACCGCUGUGACAUUUGCCAAAUGCCCUUUAGCGUCUACAGCACGCUAGAGAAACACAUGAAAAAGUGGCACGGGGAACAUUUGAUGACGAACGAGGUCAAAAUCGAACAAGCUGAGAGAAGCUAAGCCAGAUGUUUUUCCUAUUUUGCCUCACAAUUCCUUGAAUAUUACAAACAAAAGGGGUAGCUGGAUACUCUGUUUUUCCUUUUUCGAAUAAUAAUAAUAAUGAUA